AUCAAAUGCGAGUGCUGCAGGAAGGAGCUCAACGGCGCGAAGGCCUUUUCUCGCUCCUACCAGCCGUACAGCUUCCAGUGGAGCGAGGCGUGGCGCUGCCGCGACUGCGUCGGCAAGGGCAGGCCCUCCGACGGGCCUUGCGCGGGGCUCGAGGUCGAGCACGUCUACAUCUCGCCGUGCGCAACUUGCAGCUCGACGGAGCGCGAGAAGUCCUACUUCUUUGGGCUGAUGGGCGGCGCCGCCGGCAGUAGCAGCAGGAGCACUGUCGACGGCGGCGGCGUCUCGAAGGUGGAGCACAGCGCGUACUGCCAGGCGUGCUGGCCGGCGGCGGAGGCGGAGCGCGCCGAGGCGCGCAAACUCAAUCCGAUCGGCCACGCGCUGCCUCUCUCCAAGCUGCGCCCCAUCCUCGAGCGCGGCCGGAGCGCCUCAACCGCGGUCGCGUCGGACCGCGAGACGCUCUGGAAGAAGGAGCGGGCGGGGCUGUGCGCCUGGCUGGCGGCGCAGCUCGCGCCCUCGUUCGCAGCGCUGCGCGCGUCCGAGUCGUGGCAGUCCUUCGACCUCCGCGCGGCGGACGACGAGGGCGGCGCCGACCUUGAGGCGAUGCUGUCCAAGCCGGGCUCGGGCGACGGCGCCGGGGACGGGUCGAUGGGGGAGGCGGCGGAUGCGGAGCCGGAGGCGGACGCGGCGGAGUCCUUCGCAGACUACCAGCCGUCGAAGCUCGACUACGGGCCGUCGCACAUCGAGCACGUCGUCGAGUCCGCGUCGCUCGCUUGCGUCCCGCCGGUCGACGUCACAUACAAGCCGCACUUCCCGCCCGAGCUCCUCUCCUCGGGCGCCCUCUCGCGCGUCCAGCUCGAGGCCGUCGUGUACGCGCUGCAGCAGCACGAGAGGCGGCUGCCGUCCGGCUCGCGCGCGGGCUUCUACGUUGGCGACGGCACCGGCGUCGGCAAGGGGCGCGAGGGCGCCGCCGUCAUCUUCGAGAAUUUUCUGCUCGGCCGCAAGCGCGCCGUCUGGUUCACCUGCAACACCGACCUCGCGGUGGACGCGAAGCGCGACCUGCGCGACAUUGGCGCGGUCGACAUCCCGCUCCUCUCGCUCACGUCGGCCGGCUACGGCGACCUCGCCGAGUCGUUCGACGAGGGCGUCCUCGUCGUCACGUACUCGGUGCUGGUCGCCUCGUCGGGCGGCGCCACGCGCUUUGACCAGCUGAUGAAGUGGCUCACGCCCGCCUUCGACGGCGUCCUGCUCUUCGACGAGGCGCACAAGGCCAAGGGUGCGGCGCACGGGCAGCCGGUCGGCACGUCCGUCGUGCAGCUGCAGGCGUCGCUGCCGAACGCCCGCGUGAUGUACCUGUCGGCCACGGGCGCGACGCAGGUGGGCGACAUGAGCUACAUGACCCGCCUCGGCCUGUGGGGCACGGGCACCUUCUUCCAAAACUUCAAGUCCUUCCAGUCGGUGCUCACGUCCGGCUCGGGCUCGGGCUCGUCCGGCUCGAUGGAGAUGCUGGCCGUGCAGCUCAAGUCGUCGGGGGCCUACUUGGCGCGCUCGCUGGGCCUGAGGGGAGUCGACUUUCACAUGGUGCAGGCCAAGCUCACGCCCGCGCAGCAGACGCUCUACGACCAGUCCGCGAGCCUGUGGGUCUUCAUCCACCAGCAGCUCGGCCAGCUCUCCUUCCUCUUCCGCUCGGGCGGCACGGCGCUCAACUCGGCACAGUCCAAGUUCUUCCAGCAGCUUCUCCUCUCCUUCAAGGUCCCCGAGAUCGAGCGGCAGGUCCGUCGAGCGCUCCGUGCGGGCAAGUGUGCCGUCAUCGGCCUGCAGAGCACGGGCGAGGCUGCCGACAAGGCUGCCCAGGCUCGCUCUGAGGCGGCCGGCUCGUCGAGCCAGGCGUCGCUCGUCUCGCCCGCGCGCGAGGCGGUCGAGGGUCUGCUCGCGGCGCUCAGCAAGCAGGCGGCAGCGGCGGGCGGGGGCGCGGCGCCGGCCUCCUUCAACGCCUUCCGCGACGAGGUGAUUGAGAAGCUCGACAAGCUCGACCUGCCGCCGUCGGCGCUCGACGCCCUCAUCGACUACUUUGGGGCGGAGCACGUGGCGGAGAUGACGGGCCGCAGCAAGCGGAUGCUCAAGGCGUCGGGCGGGUCGGGGUACGUGCUCUGCUCACGAGCCGAGCGGGGGACUCCCGCGUCCCGCAUCAACCUUGCGGAGCGCAAGCGGUUUCAGUCCGGAGAGAAGCUGAUUGCAAUCCUCAGCGACGCGGGCGCCACGGGCGUCUCGCUGCACGCCGACAAGAACGAGGCCAACCAGCGGCGGCGCGUCCACAUCGUGCCUGAGCUCGGCUGGUCCGCCUCCAAGGCGCGCACCGUGGUGCAGCAGUUUGGCCGCACCCACCGCACCAACCAGCUCCUGCCGCCCGAGUACGUGCUGCUCACGUGCGAGGCGGCGGGCGAGGCGCUCACUGGCUCGGCGGUCGCGCGCAAGCUGGAGGGGCUCGGCGCGCUCACCAAGGGCGACAAGAUGGCCGGCCGCGGCGAGACGGGCGGGCUCGGGACCAACCUCGAGACCAAGGCUGGCGGGCAGGCGCUGAGUUCGGUCAUCGCGGAGCUGAGGCAGAACAAGUGGAGGCAGGAGGGCGGAGCCGCUCUCGAGCAGGGCAAGCUGGUGCUGGACGACGGCGUGCACGACCUCGUCAUCAACUCGGGCACCGUCAAGCAGUUCCUCAACCGGCUGCAGCUCGUGUCGCUGACGUCGCAGCUGGAGGUGCUCAAGGCCUUCGUCUCCAAGAUCAAGAAGGAGGACACGGCCACCGCGCAGCAGCUCGCCGCCACCACCGUCACCGUCAAGAGCGAGGAGGUUGUCUUCUCCAACGCGCAGAACGCCGCCGAGUCCGUCACCGUCCGUGAGAUCGAGUGCGACCACUCGUGCGACUGGAAGGACGCGCUCGCGCAAGCCGGCGACCAGUCGGGCUUCCGCGGCUUCUGGUGCCCGCGCGGCGACCGCGACACGCGCAACGUCUUCCUCGUCCUGCCGAUCGACCAACACCGUGGGCGCCUCUGCCUCCCGCGCAAGCGCUGGGGCCCGACGCACUGGCUCGCCGACAUCGCGCAAAAGUGCGCCAAGUACAGCCUGACCACCCCGCAGCACACCGAGGGGAUGAAGCGCGUGUGGGAGUGCAACCUGGCGACGGCGAGGCGCGACGGCACGCACCUCGAGAAGUUCGCGCUUCUCAACGGCUCGGUCUUCACCAUCUGGCCCAACCUGCGCGAGGCCUUCGACCCGCGCUUCAACCCCGACGACCGGUCGACGUGGCACCUCGGCGGAGACCAGAUGUACCACCGGAGGGGCGGCCGAGCGGCGCCCACCUUCGAGCCGAACGUCCGCAUCCAGCUGCUGACGACGAGCGAGGGCGAGAAGCUCGGCGGGAUCCGCAUGUCUCUGUUCAAGCCGCUGAAGCACGCGCCGCGCGCCCGCUGGUCGGAGCACUGCAACCGGAAGAACGCGGACCCGGGGCGCCUGCGCUUCCUCGCUCAGAGCGGCCUCGGCGCUGAGAGCAUCAUCUGCCGCAAGCACGCGUGCCUCGAGCCAUCGCACUCCGAUGUGGACAAGCUGCGCAAGAGCCUCGAGAAGGACACGCGCCGCGCCCGCUCCUGAGCCGCUCGCGGCCGCGCAAGCGAGCGCCGCCGCGCGUCGCUGAGUGAGCGCCAGCGAGCGAGGGCGACGAGAGAGCAGCGCACCGUCACAAUGUCACCGCAUGCCUCGAUUGUCCGCCAGCGGCAACUCUCUCGCUGGCGUGUCAGUCCCCUGCCCCCCGCCCGCACCUCGGAGAACGAGUGGGUUGCCCCCUUCGGCGUGGCACUCCUGGACCGCUUUUCUUUUCUGGCCCUCUGUGCUCUGAUACGUGUGCCUGUGGGUCCCCACCCUGUGGCUGUGGCAGCAGUGGCCAGCUGCAGCUCUGGUAUUGUGUUGCUCAAGGACUGAGAGUCCACUCUUGCGUACGUACACUGCUCCCGCCGUGGAAUGCUGGUUACUAUUG